CGUCCACCUGCGCGCGCCGGGGCCCCGGGCGCAUGGAGCAGCGCUGAGCGCCGCAGCCGCCGACACCGACACCGCCUGGCGGGCGGGGGGACCCGCUGGCCCCGCGCCGCCGCCUCCUCCGCGGGCCCGGCGCUGAGUCUGCAUCGUCAUCAAAUACAACUCCUUUCAUUCUCCUCUUCCAUUCACCUACCCAAAGACCAAACCUGGAAAUAGUAACCAAAAGAGAAGCCCACGUCAUACACAAAGCAGGGAAAGGUUGAAAUAAUUUAAGGGUUGGCCAGAUGCAGUGGGGCAUGGAGUGAACAGAAAGAGGUUAAAUUGAUGGAUGACCAACAAGAUCAGGAUUGUGCCUCAGAAGACCAAGAAACUAUCCUGAUUAAUGGGGUGAAGGAAAAUGAAUCACACUCCCUGGACGGCGAUGAGAGGCCUUGCACCACCUCUGAGGCCGCGGUCACGUUCUCAGCCUUGACGACAGCUCCGAAGGAAAACCACGGGUGCCACCGGGCACUGCCACCCCUGACUUCCAAGAAGCCCUGCUUGCUGAGCCCCCCGUCGCCGCUGAGGCUCACAGAUGUACCCGAGCACGCCUCGGAUGACUCCUCCGCCCACGCCAUCUCCCUCACGUCCUGCGUGACAAAGGGCAUGAGCUCCUGGUCACUGCCGGGUGACUGCGAGAAGGCUCCCUUCACCAUGAUGGAGCCCGGGGGCAUGUCGGCGCUGACGGGCGACUGCUUGAUGCAGCCGAGCCGGACCUGUCUGGGCUGCUUUAUUGAAUCAAAGGACGGCAUUGAUGCAGAGCCGGGAAUAAGCUUGAAAGUGGGGGAUAUAAAUAGGGAUUAUGACACCUGUUCGGUCUCUGAUAUAGGGAUUCACUGCAUGAGCACAGGAGAAACCAUGAGAUAUGGGGAUCAACUGCUUUCAGACCAGCUUUUAAGCUUCCCUAUGCAUAAAUCGAGGGCAGCGGACAAAAGAGAUGCAGAAAAAUCUGACAGUGAUUCAGAGGACCCCACUCAGAAAAAUUAUUAUGAGGGAUUACUAUUAGACAAAUGCAAUGGUGAGGAACCUUUACUAACAAAUCCCAACCAGGAAUGGGGCUAUUUUGAAUCUUUCAUUAGUGAAAGUAAAAUUGAGCUGCUUGACCUCUGCUCCAAAAAUGAGCUUUCUGUAAAUCUGUUUUCUGAGGAAGACGUGGAUAAUUACAUGUUUGAUGAUGACGAUUCCACCUUGGGAAGUGAUGUCUGCUCCCUGAAGAUUAGAUAUGAAUCUUUCCAGGACAACGUGCGGGAGAAGACCACCACACUACAAGAGGACACCCAGUUCAACUUCUUCCCCAGCGUGUUCGGCAACUGCACCAAAAGAGACAGCAGGAGCACCCUGAAAAGGGGCCCCAGCGGUGCUGCUGACCCUUCUCAAUUCAAAUCUGAAGAAGGCAUCAUCUGGGGGGAGGAGGAGGAGGAUGGCGAGGAAGAGGACGGCGAGGAGGAGGAGAAAGCUGCCUUAAAUAAAUCUUGCAACAGUACAGAGAUGGUGCAGUAUGUGGGCUCCAAGAGGAGCCACUUCUUGGACUCGGUGAAUUCCACAGAGGACUCCGGGGAGUUCAGCGACGACAGCACUUGCACAGAGUCCUCCUACGACGUGCUGAGGGAUAUCAAGGACUGCAGCCGGUACCUGUCCCGGGACCACUCUGGCUCCUUCAUUCAGCAGAACUACGGGUUGCGGGCAAAGAGGAAAGUGCGAUACAGUGACGACUACCUGUACGAUGUGGACUCCAUCGAGAACGAGAAGAUCCUGGACAAGAAGGAGUGGCUCCCAGACGGGCCCAAGGAAGAGGAUGACGACGAGUGGUGCCCAAAGAAACGGCGAAAAGUCUCUCGCAAGGAGCCCCCCGUUAUCAUCAAGUACAUCAUCAUUAACAGGUUUAAAGGGGAGAAGCAUAUGCUGGUGAAGCUGAGCAAAGUGGAUGCCAACGAGACAACUGUUACCCUAAACGAGGAGCUGCUCAGCAAAUACGAGAAGCUGGCCCCACUCAAGGGCUUCUGGCAAGAGAGGCAGCAGAGCCGGCUGGAUUUGCUCAGAUCGUCUCUCUACCACAAGCAGAAUUUCUAUAUUAACGGCUCAGAUGUUUCGUUCCUCCCUCACCCACGGAAGCGAAAAUGCAAGCUAGCAAACAGGCACCGGAUUCAAAGAAUUAAAGCCAUCGAGCAAUCAGUGAACAAGCUGGGCUCUUGCUCGUCUGAUCACAAGCAGCCUUGCAGCAGUAAAGAGGACGCGGGCCUGAAAGGGCUGCCAGCGUUAGCCAUCGCCACCCCCAGCUGUGCCAACGGAUUACACGUAAAUGACAUCACAGGCAUUGCCGCCGUGAAAUGCAAAUCGCAGGAACGGGAGCACAAGGGGACGGAGAGGAAAGUGCUCCGCAGAAUCAAAUUCAAAAGUGAAGCCAGGUUGAAGUGCAAGAAGAUCAAAGCUGCUACCAGUGCGGCGGAGGGCUCCCCGUUGCUGGAAAACCAGGACUCUGCAGCGCGUCUGAAGGACGAAAACGUUCCUUGUGCUUCAGACAGCUCCCAUCUCCCGGAGUGCCAUGAGGAUAAGGUUGCUAAAAAUUCUCCUUUCCUACCAUCCACCUCCUCUUCAGACAAGCCUCUGCCAUCUGCUAAUAUCACCACCAAUGUACCCCUGAUCCCCGGAGGGUAUCUGCAGACAUUGUUAGAUGCUUCUGAUUUGUCGAGCAACACCGGUAUCUCAUACUUCGCCCAGCACCCCUCCGAGCAGCAGCAGCACCCGCUCCCCAGCAUUGUCCCGGCGGAAAAGCCCUUCCCGGCUCUGCAGCCGGCGCAGAGCUGCGUCCUCUCCCCACCCUCCGAGUCGGAGCUGCAGCAGUCGCCUGGCCACCUGGAGAUGGAGCAGAGCAGCUUCGGUAGCAUGUGGCCGGCCAGCAAGGCUGCCGGUGGCAACCGCCAAGACUUCCCCGGUGACAUGCGGGAGGCGGCUGGGCUGCCGAGUGAGUAUGGCGGUGCCACGGCUGCAGACGGUCUCCCCGCCUCUGGAUACACUCAAGUCAAUCUGAAUAGCAGCAAAUUGCUAUACCAAAAAAAUUACAUGCCGGAUAGCCAACAAGUGCAGUCUGAUGAUUCUUAUCAGUCAUGUCAUUUUAAUAAUGGAGAGGGGCGCUUUCAUUUCCAGCGAGGUACACUAAGUACAGAUGAUGGCAGGCUCAUUAGUUUUGAUUCAGUGGGUUCAUUGUCAGUUAGUUCUAGCAAUUACAGUUCUUUAAGUUUAAAGUCUUGUGAAAAGGAUGGCGAGGAUGAUAUUAAUGAUGACUUCUUGGCCCACUGCAGUCCCAAGCUAGUGAUCCAGCAGAGCAUAGAUGAAAUCACCCCUUUGAAGGAGUCCACGGACCUUUUAGACAUUUCCAACUUCACGCCUGAUAAGUUCCGCCAGUCAUCGCUUUCGGAGAUGUCCCCUCCGGACACUCCCAACCUGUCCCCACAGAUCGCUGGCUCUGACACCAAGCCCCUGGGCACCCUGAAGGGCUUUCAGGAGAACCCUCAGGCCACCCUCAACAGCUCCGAGAAGGUCAAGUGGAACUGCGGGGUCCUGCAGACCGAGGAGCAGGCAGAUAAUGGGUUUGCUUUAAAUAAUCACCAAUUCCAGUUCCAUAUGUUCAACGAUGAAGAUUCUGUCAGCCUUCUCGAAAAGAGUCCAUGCUUGUCAACAUUUAAUGAGCCAUCUGGUCAAAUUAGCACCAAUAGCAAAGUGUCAAAAUCAAAGAGGAAAAGUUCAUCCAGCAAGAAUGUGGGUACAAACCAAAGCUCUUCCCAGAAACCCACACGGAAAAAAUCGCCCAAAACCAACAAAGGAAUCGAUAAGCCGCAAGGGAAAAACUCCAGGCAGGCGCCCAAAUCUGCCAGGAAAGGGAAAAACGCGGUGGGAGUCAACGGCGAGAAGGCUCCCGUGGUCGGUGGCAGGGUGGUCAGCCAGUUGAGCAAUGCGGUCACCGCCACCAAGGGCCUCGCCGAGAGCACCCAGCACUGCAGCCCGGCCGGGGUGAAGCUGGGCAAGCACAACGGGCUCUCCGGAGAGUGGGCGCUGGGCAAAGAGGGGGGCACGGGCUGGUCGGAAGCCAGCCUGGGCAAUGCCACCAGCCUCCUGGACGACGAUCAGAGGGAGUUCGAGGAACCUUCCAACAUCCUGUCCAACAUCGCGUCGGGAAUGGCAGAUGUCCAGAGGUUUAUGAUGGCCUCCAUCGAGCCCUUGUGGGGCCCUGUUGGCCACAACAGCGUUCCAGACAUAUUCCGGUCACCAGAAUCCAACAGCCUGAAACUGAAAACUCUUAAAAUUUUGGCAGGGACGUCCCAAGAGGCGAAGAAGAAGGCGAACGGCGGCUCGCCGGGGACGGCGAAGAACCACAAGUCGAACAACAAGGGCUCGAGCAAAAACAGCAAAGCCGCAACCUGCGACCCUGGUCGCCCCAACUGCUCGACCGGGUACGCCACGGACAUUCACGCUCCCUUUUUUGAUAAAAACUAUAGUAACCUGAGCACUUUAGGCAAUAACGGACCUACCCAUAAAAAACUCUACCGUCACAAAUCCAGUUCAAAAUCGCUGCGGGAUGAGAACUGUAAAAUAAAGCGAAUGGACCGCGAACAGCCCCACAAGGACCCCCCCGUGACAGCUGCUUUUGAGAAACUGAGGUAAUGCUGCACCAAACUGGCUGGAAUGCCCCUUAACCUCCCUCCCACCUGCUAAGCCCGCUGUUCCUCAGUUUUUCCUUCCUGAAAGCAAAAGUUGCAUGAGUACAAGACAUUCCCCUUUUACAGUUUUGGUUGGUUUGGGGGUUGUUUUUCGGUUUGGGUUUGUCUUUUUUUUCUUUUUUGUUUUUUUUUAAUGCAUGAAAACACUUAUAACUUGCAAGCUACCUAAAAGAAUGACCGAUUUUCUGGCUUGGCUGGGGUUAAAAAACUAACAAGGCUACUCUUUUCUGCUGUUUGGCUUCUUCAGUUUUUAAUUAUUUAUUGGGGGAAAAAAAAAAAAACAAACCACACCAUGAUUACACAGUUUUUAAUGAUUUUGACAAGGAAAGACUUUUUUUUUUUUUUUUGGAACGUUUUGUAAAAAAUAAACCACAAAAGAAAAAAAAAAAAAACAAAACAAACAAAAAGAGAUUAUGCAUCCAAAAGCCAAGAUCUCGAAACUUAAAGGCUCCUUACUUUGCAAAUGAGAACUCGUUCCUAAUUGAGCUUCACGUGGCAAUUUUGAGUGCUUUCUGGCCCCCUCUGCUGUUUUAUCUCCUAACCUGCAUCAUCUAAAGCUGCAUCUUCUGUGCCCGCCUGCCUUUAGCGCGUCGCUCCGUCGUGGUGACUCCAGACGAGCUAACUAAGAUGGCAUCAAAUGUUUGAUUUUUCUCCUGCAGGGAAUCAGACUUCAUUCUUCUUAAAGCAGAAACAACAUUUUUGGGUUUUCCUGUAUUUGAAGAAGAGACUCCCUUUUCUAGAAAGACGGUUGAUGUUUGUUUCUUUUCUUUUGUUCUUUAUCCUUUUUCUUUCUUUUUUUGGUUGGGGUUUUUGUUUCCCAUCGGUUCCUUUUCAAAAUCUGCCUUGUGCUAUGUUGAAAUGUAAGUGCUGAAAUGAAGAGUUUGAAAUUGUGGGAAUUUUAUUCUUUGAAAGCAAACCUAAUCUGGUAUUCUCUGUGAAAGACUGUUUUAAAAAGUCAUACUGUUGUACAGUAGUUUAUGCACUAUUACCCACAACAACAAAAAAUUGUGCCAAACUAUGAACAAGUGACUGUAUUGUAUAUAUUUUUACUUCUCUAUCAACAUUGGGUUGUGAGUGUUUCCUUCAGCUAUGCCUUUUGGUUUGACUAGAAACAUUCCAGUUGUUAAGUACUAACCACCCCCCCUUGAAAGCACCUGUAACUCACGAUGAAAAUGAUAUUGUUCACUUAUACAACUUACCAAAAGUUUUAUGGACAUGACUAAAAGUGUGCCAAAUUUACUUACCUCAUUUCAUGGAUUCACCCUGUGGUUUAAAGCUCAUAAAGGGAAAAAAAAAAAAAAGAAAAAAAAAUUUAAAAAAAAAAUGAAAAAAUAAUUAAAACAACAAAAAAAAAAAGGAACUUUGAAACCGAUGCUGGGAAAUGCUAAUGUCCUCUCUUUGAAACCAUGAGCAGAAAUCUUAAUGGUGUAAUGUUGAGUUUCGUUAUAGGAGAGAGCUGAAAUGGUGGAGGAGUUGAGAAAACCACUGACGGUAAGUUUGCCAGGAACUCAAGUGUCUGCAUCUAGAGACUACAGAACAGCUGCUUUUCAAGUGUCUGUUUUCUUAAAGCAAAACCUGUAGCUGAAGAUCAUUUGAAAUGCAAAGUUACAUUGCUAAUUCUUUGUAUCUCAGUUUUAUAUAUUUUAUAAGAACCUGGGAUAAAUUCUAAAAUAGUUAUAAAAACAGGACUAAUACAUUUCAUACAUUUCUUGCUAUUUACUUUUCCUUUGAGUAGUUUCUUAAACAUUUCCAAUGCUGAGCCUGUCAAAUUGCUCUCCUGUCAUAGCUUUGGUGUUUCCUAAAUGUCUAACCUUGCGAUGCCAAUAUAGUUUGAACUUUCAAAAGCGAAGUCCUUAGUUUUAAAUACAACUCUGAACCUUUUCUUUGAUUCAGUUUGUAAGAUAAGAAAAAACAAAUAAAUAAAUGGAGCUAUUUGUGAUCUCACUGAUCAGGGCCGGAUCAUACAUGCCUGGACUUUAUUAAGACAGCGCUAAGUAUUGAAUGCUAAAUGUAUUUUCUAAAGGCCUUAUUUGUAACCCUACUCACCACACCCUCGCCCUCCAAGAGAAUAACAAACCCAACGAAUAUCUAUUUUCCUUGUGCAACUGAGAGCCUGUGCAUUUUGCUGCUGAUUUCUCAUGAAACCUUGAUAUGCAAGAGCCCUGCUGACUGGGAGCUGUUGGGAGCAGAGGGGUAUGAGGCUUGGACACGGUUAUGCAAUAGCAAACAGUGAGGAAGAGGAGCCUUAAUAGCAGCGGGACAGAUCUCGUUCUCGACGCGGUGGUGAGCACAGAGGUGGCGUUUUGCAGUGGACAGGACUAGACUCGCGUUUCCUUACGAGCAGGUUUCUUUUUACUUACACGUCAGGCAGAACAGCAGAAUUGGUUUUGAGUUAGUUUAGUAAAAAAGCAGACUGAACACUUGAACUGGAGUUGCAGAGUGUCAAUUUAGAAUCAAAACAUUCUCAGCAUUUGCACAUCUUCAGGUAUAGCUUAGGCUCAGCUCUGCACUCCCGCAGAGAACAGCACGGUAAUUGCAUUGCAUUUUAUUUAACAGAUGAAAGAAGGAACUCUGGAAAAACAGUAAUUCAGAAAUCCAUCCUAUAAGUUCAUUUAUUCCAUGAUAAAAUGAAACGCUGGCAUUGCCUGGAGUGAGUUGCCCGUGCGUUGCAGCAGCAGGAUUGGGGUGCAGCAUCCCAGCCUGGCUCUGGCUGCGGGAGGGAGAUCCAGAAGAUGCUCAGGGUUUAUUUUGGAGAGGAGAGCUGCGCUAGGGCUCCAUCCCUGGGCGUCUGGCUUGCCUGCAGCCACUGUGCUCUCCCCUGUUUCCCCAGCAGCUGUCUUUUCUGUUCGUAGGGUCAUCAGAUACCACAAGCUCUGGUCACUGCUGUGGUGUUGGCAUACCCUAUUUUUUCAGCAUUCCCCACCUGUGCUGCAGGACGAGGGGCUGCUGCCUCCCUUCUUUCAGAUGUGCUUCAUUAUGCUUAAUAUUAUGAAUAUAGAACUCAAAAUACCUUGUAUGGAACCAGAUAGCAAUAUUUAUUGCAUUUGAGAAAUGUGCAAUAGGGCGUAAAGAUAAGGCAUAAAACCUAUUGACUAUUUUAUUAUAUGUUGGAAAUCCAUGAAUACCCAGCUAGGUGUUUCAGGACAGUGUUAAUCACAAAUACCAGCUGCCUUGUUGCUCUCUCUUUCAGUCCUUCUGUCGCUCUGAUUUUGUUGCCAUCUUCUGUGGUCAUCCCACAUCCUCCCCAAAAAUCUCUGACUGGGGAGAUGUUAGAGAGCCGGAUCCCUCACGGUCUGGCACUGGCCCAUCUCUGUGUCUGAAAAAGUGAUCUCUCUGCUGACAGACCCCAAAAUUUGGAAAUUGCCUUGAGCCAACUCCUCCCUUUUGAUCUUCAUAGAAUCAUAGAAUGGUUUGGGUUGGAAGGGACCUUCAAAUCUCAUCUAGUCCAACCCCCCUGCCAUGAGCAGGGACAUCUUCAUUCAGAUCAGGUUGCUCAGAGAGUCCUGUCCAGCCUGACCUGGGAUGUCUCCAGGGAUGGAGCAUCCAACACCUCUCUGAGCAAUUUGGGCCAGUGUUUCACCACCCUCAGUGUAAAAAAUUUCUUCCUUAAGUCCUUCUCUGCAGGGCUGCUCUCCAUUCCUUCAUCCACCAGCCUUUAUUGAUAGCGGAGGUUGCCCUGACCCAGGUGUAGGACCUUGCACUUGGCCUUGUUGAACGUCAUGAUGUUCUCAUGGACCCACUUCUCGAGCUUGUCCAGGUCCCUCUGGCUGGCAUCCCGUGCCUCAGAUGUGUCAACUGCACCACUCAGCUUGGUGUCAUCUGCAAACUUGCUGAGGGUGCACUGGAUCCCACUGUCUAUGUAAUUGAUGAAGAUAUUAAACAGUACUGGUCCCAGUACGGACCCCUGAGGGACAACACUUGUCACCUGUGUCCAUCCAGACAUUGUGCCGUUGACUGCUGCUCUCUGGAUGUGACCAUCCAACCAAUUCCUUAUCCACUGAACAGUCCAUCCAUCAAAUCUGUAUCUCACCAAUUUAGAGAGAAGGAUGUUGUGGGGGACCGUGUCAAAGGCUUUACAGAAGUCCAGAUAAACAAUAUCCAUAGCCCUUCCUUUGUCCACUGAUGUAGUUUCUCCAUUGUAGAAGGCCACUAGGUUGGUCAGGCAGGACUUGCCCUUGGUGAAGCUGUGCUGGCUGACCUGCAUCACCUCCCUGUCCUCCAUGUGCCUUAGCAGAGCUUCUAGGAGGAUCUGUUUCAUGAUCUUUCCAGGCACAGGGUGAGACUGAUGGGUUGACAGUUCCCAGGGUCCUCCUUUCUACCCUUUUUAAAAACAGGUGCAAUGUUGCCACCAGACUUCACCAGACUGCCAUGACUUCUCAGAUAUCAUGGAGAGUGGCUUGGCAACUACAUCAGCAAGUUCCCUCGGGACUCUGGGAUGCAUCUCAUCAGGUCCCAUGGACUUGUGUGUGUUCAGGUUCUGUAGGUGGUCAUGAACCAGAUCCUCACAAUGGGAGGGACUUUGCUCCCCCAGUCCCUGUUGUGCAGUUCAUUUUCCACUCAAGAUGUGUGGGAAGAGAGCUUGCCUAUGAAGAUGGAGGCAGUAAGUACCUCGGCCUUCUCCUUGUCUCGUUACCCGUUGCUGUCAGUCUUGCUCAUCAGGAGGGACAUGCUUUCUUUAACCUUCCUUUUCUGGUUGACAUACCUGUAGAGCCCUUCUUGUUAUUCUUUGCAUUUCCUUCUUGGCCUUUAGUUUGACCAGCAGGUCUUGACUCAGCCCUCCUCACCCGAUUUCUUACACCUGGGGAUCGAGAGCCCUUAUGCUCAAUGGAAAGCAUCCUUAAAGAUCUGCCAGCUCUGUUUUGCUCCUUAUCCCUGGAGGCAGUUUCCCAGGGGGUCCUGUUGACUGAUUCCAUGAAGAGCUGGAAUUUGGCUUUCCUAAAAUUCAUCCCACCUGCCUAUCGCUACCUCAAGGUUGUCAUCAGUCCCCACCUUUGCCUCAUGCCUUGCCAUACGAACUCACCUUUUCCACUUACCCUUCUUGUCAGUAUUGGUGAACUCUUUGUUUUCCACAGCGCUGCUCCCAGCUGUGGGAGGACCGGGACGUUGGUCCCAUCCAUCCCUGCCCACCAUCCACACACCUGCGGCUUCUUGCCCAUCCCCACAUUGGCUGCCACUCAGCUCAUCCCCUUGGCCAGUCCCCACACACUUCCAGCCUCCUCUUGCAUCUUCUCUUUGGGCUUCUGGCUGUUCGGGGUGACUAAUCCAAGCCACGCGGAAGACGUUUAUUCUGCAGCAUCCCUUAAAAUGUCCUUUCUGCUUUAUCUCGUUUCAGUCCUACCCUAGAGGCGCCCCACCGGGUGCCCUAUGAGAGGACUGGUGUCAGUGAUGCUGCUCUCCUAAGCUGCUCUGUGCUGACACACCGCGGUUUGGGCAAUUUAUAACCAGUAGCAAAAUUAGAAAGCAGAAAGCAGCUCCUUGCAAAGGUGGGUCACAAACUCUGUCCGAGAGGAGCACAACGUGGGGCAGUUCAGCGUGAACCCCUGGCUCUCAGCCCACUCUGGGCUGGGGGCAGGAGGUCCCUGCGGGCAGGGAAGCAGCAGCGCAGGUCUGCCAUGGUCUGGGGAAAGCAGCCGUUUCCCAGCGGUGACUGCAUCAUGCAGGGGACGUCUUGCAGAAAGAAACCCUACAGCCCACCCCAAUGGCCAUAGUUUUGCUGGAGGUACUUGCAUAUAGAGGUUUUGUAAAUAGAAAAAUAUCCAUGAUGGGGAUUCAAGUAAUUGUUUUUUUAAAAAACAAAAACUUACCAGGUUUACAUCUUGCUUUUCGUUUUAUAAGCCUAAGAGGGUUUUAUUUAAAAAAAAUGGCUCAAGAACAAUGAUUUACGGACCAGAUCUAGGCAGGCGUUGCGGGAGGAGGAGGACGCAGGGCUGUCCCUCGCUGGCACUGCACUGUCCUGCCAAGGCCAGGUCUGAGCAGAGACAAAAAGCCAAGGCUUGCUUUUUAAAUAGUCAGGAUCGCUGUUAUUUUCUUUUCAGCAUUAAAGCUCGAAUGAGCCAUAACCAAAAUAAAGAUGUUUUAAGCAUUUUCAUCCUUCACCUGCUGGACCAUAUUCCUCUUUCCCUAAGGUCCCAAUCUAGCAAAGCACUUGGGUGGGAGCUUGUCCCCCGGCUCCUGCUCACCCGGAUGGCAGCCGGCCAUUGGCGUUAAGUCACAAGAAAAACUCCUUUUGAAGUCAGUGUAGGUGAGAAGGGGAUCAGGUGCGUGGGCUUCAGUUGGUGCAGGAUUAGGCCCUCGGUCUUAACUUUCUCAACUUGGUGUGUUGGACUUUGCCUGUGCAGCUCCCGGGGGGUCCAGUGGAAGUUGCGUGGUUCAAGCCGCUGAUAUCUGUGUGAGAAUGUGCCUCUUUAUCUCUUCAGCGUGUGAAAUAAUGCAAAAAAAAGAAAAAAAAUAAAGAAAAAAAAGAAAAAAAAAAAGAAAAAUAUAUAAAAUAAAUGAAGUACAAUGUCUGUGGUAGAAGCAAGGCUUUUCAAAUCUGUUUCUCAGGUAAACAAGUGACACUAAUGACAGUGGAGUAACAGCCAUCUAAGGGAAUUGGGAUCUAAAGCAGGAGGAUGCCCUCCAUCUCGCAGGACGCUUGGGUUGCCAGACACGUUUACUGAGCCUUUGAACACUUGGUGCAAAAGGAAACGAGAAAUAAAAUUGGUAUUCGCCACUACCCUUCGCUAGAUAGACAAACGUCCAUUUCAAAAGCACAAAGGGAAGACUUACCACAGAACCUAACCCACACACACCCACCCACCCACCCAGGAAAGGUACCAGUGAAACUCCUUUUGUCUCUUCACUCCCAGUGGGAAGCAGGGUAGAAAUCCAAGGAGCUGCUCUGUUCUGCCGCCCCGGCCGGGGCGUUUCGACUGCUGCCUCCAGAGAUGUGAAUGUACUGCUCCUUGAGUUCCCUUCCAUAGAACUAGAGGCACCUCGUUAGGAAGUUGCUCCUGUUUUAUGGUGCUAAAGAAAACUUUUAUUCCCCCCUCCCCCACCUCGAGCAUUUAAGAACUAUUAAAUGGCCCUUUUUAUGAAUGUAACAUAUCCAUUUCUGUUCCACAUUUUACACUGCGAUUUUAACAUGUUUGGAAAUGAUUUGCCUUUUUUCUUUUAGAAUAAGCUUUAUAAAUAUUCUGUAGAGUCAAUUGAAGUAUAAUUCUUAAGGAUCACUCUAAGACGCCUACAAAAUCUUGUAUAUUUUUAAGUGUGCCAAUUUGUAAAAUAUUUUGUAAGUGUAUAUUUUUCUUAGAAAAGUGCUGUGAAGUGUUUGUAUGUGUGAGGUUUCCCUUUUUUUGCACCUUCGGGUGUUAAUAAAAGGAUGUAUACUUAAAAGUUUCUGGUUUUAAAAACCAAAAUACAAAGAAAAAAAUUAAACUUUUGUUGGGAAUUUUGUAAUAAAAAGAGAUGUUGUGAAAGAGUGUAGUGAUAUUGUGUAAAGGAAACUGGAAAAUUUGUGAGCGCUUUGCUGUUUUAUAGAUCCUCUUGUAAAUUAUUCUUGUAAUAUUUUGGGUUUUGUUGUUCUUGUUGCAAAGGUUUUAAAUAUUUGUGACUGACUCUGUAUGGUGAAAAUGUCAUAUUGUUAACUUGCUGAGUUUUGUUAUAUUGUUUAUGGAAUAAAUAAAAAAAUUUAAAAUCUCA